AUGCCUGCAAAUGACACUUGUGCUGUGCCAAAUGGAGACAAUGGAGAUUUUCGAUAUUUUAUCUAUGCAGUGACAUACACUGUAAUUCUUGUGCCAGGUCUCAUAGGGAACAUAUUAGCCUUGUGGGUAUUUUAUGGCUAUAUGAAAGAAACCAAAAGGGCUGUGAUAUUCAUGAUAAACUUAGCCAUUGCUGACUUACUACAAGUUCUCUCCCUGCCACUGAGGAUCUUUUACUACUUGAAUCAUGACUGGCCAUUUGGGACUGGUCUUUGCAUGUUCUGUUUCUACCUGAAGUAUGUCAACAUGUAUGCAAGCAUCUACUUCUUGGUCUGCAUAAGUGUGCGACGAUUUUGGUUUCUCAUGUAUCCCUUUCGCUUCCAUGACUGCAAACAGAAAUAUGACCUAUACAUCAGCAUCGCUGGAUGGUUGAUCAUCUGCCUUGCCUGUCUGCUCUUUCCUCUCUUCAGAACCAGUGAUGACACUUCAGGCAACAGAACCAAAUGCUUUGUGGGUCUUCCUACCAGGAAUGUCAAUCUGGUCCAAUCUAUUGCCAUGAUGACCAUUGGUGAGCUGAUUGGGUUUGUCACUCCUCUUCUGAUUAUCCUUUACUGUACCUGGAAGACAGUUUUAUCACUGCAUGAUAAAUAUCCUGUGGUCCAAGACCUUGGGGAGAAAAAGAAAGCCUUGAAGAUGAUUCUAACCUGUGCAGGAGUAUUCUUAAUUUGCUUUGCACCUUAUCACUUCAGUUUUCCUUUAGAUUUCCUGGUCAAGUCCAACAAAAUUCAAAGCUGCCUAGCCAGAAGGGUGAUUCUAAUAUUUCAUUCUGCUGCCCUCUGUCUUGCUAGUCUGAAUUCCUGUCUUGACCCAGUCAUAUACUACUUCACCACUAAUGAGUUCAGAAGACGACUUUCAAGACAAGAGAGCAUCCAACUCCAUGGAAAAUCCUUUGUGAAUAUAUGA